AUGGCCACUCUGAUCUCAUUAUUGCUCUUUGUACUCUGCUGCAUCUCUAGCUUCCGCCUCUCUUUCUCAGAUUCAGGACAGGAAAACUCAUUUGAGUCGGUUCCUGAUCUGGAGAAGUCAAUGUACAUGCAUAUUGAUGGAUACCCAUGCGUGCGGCUGCUCAACCUUUCAGGGGAAAUUGGUUGUUCAAAUCCUAGUCUCGAGAAGGUUGUUGCUCCAAUAGUUAGAUACAAGAGUGUAGAUGAGCUUCUCGAAUCAGCUGCAGUAUUGGUCUCCAUAGAUGAAUUUGAGAUCUUAAUUUCAAGAUUAUCAAAAGAUUUAGAAUUUGCAGGGAAAGUGGCCGGUGUAUUGGUUGAAUCACAAACAGAGGUCUCUGAUAGGUUGAAGGGGUUUUCUCCAGAUGGAAAGUUUCCCGAAGCAGAAUUUGCUCCAUAUCAAAGCAACAAUUUUGAGUGGAACCCUACUGGAUCUGGAAUUAUGUGGAAGGCUUAUAAUUUCCCUGUGUUUUUGCUUUCCGAGACUAGCACCUCGAUUUUGCAAGAGGUUGUCAUGAAGAAUGAGAAGACCAAGAAAUCCAAUACUGAAAAUGUCGCUGAAUUUAAUGUGGUGAUGCAGACAACGAAAGCUGGAACUCGUGAUUCAGACUCUUGUUUGAAAGAAGAAACUUGUCUACCUUUGGGUGGAUACAGUGUCUGGUCAGCACUUCCACCUAUUAAUAUUUCAUCGUCACAAAAAUCGAAGCCAGUUGUAUUAACUAUGACAUCAAUGGAUUCAGCAUCUUUUUUCCGUGACAAAAGCCUCGGAGCAGACUCCCCCAUAUCAGGUUUGAUUACAUUGCUAGCCGCAGUGGAUGCUCUUUCAUAUCUUGACGGCUUGGAUGAACUUAAUAAACAGCUUGUGUUUGUAGUUUUCACUGGAGAAUCCUGGGGCUACCUGGGCAGUCGCAGAUUCAUUUUAGAAGCUGAUCAACACUCGGACUCUGUUGAAGGCCUCGACUUCGCGAUGAUUGAAACUGUGAUGGAAAUUGGAUCUGUUGGAAAGGGGUUAUCUAAUGGCAUCAAAACAUUUCAUUCUCAUGCUUCUGGGGAUACAUCGGGUACAAAUAAAACAUUUCAUGCCUUGCUACGUGCUCAAGAUUCCCUGAAAACUGAAAGCGUUAAGAUCUCCAUGGCGAGCACGUCAAAUCCUGGAGUGCCUCCAUCUUCAUUGAUGACAUUUCUGAGGAAGAAAUCCCAUAUUUCUGGUGUUGUUUUGGAAGAUUUUGAUACUUCUUUUGCCAACAAAUUCUACCACAGUCACCUGGAUGAUCUAUCUAACGUCAACUCUUCAGCCAUAGUAGCUGCUGCUUCCCUAGUUGCUAGAACACUAUACCUCCUUGCCAGUGACCAGAAUGCUUCGGCUAUAAAUGCUAUCAAUGUCAAUGCAUCUUUGGUGGAAGAACUUCUUGGUUGCCUAUUAAAUUGUGAACCAGGCUUAUCAUGUGAGCUGGUGAAGCACUAUAUUUCUCCCUCUGCCACUUGCCCUAGCCAUUACGUAGGUGUUAUUCUGGGAGAACCUUCUUCUGUGCCUUAUCCUGCUUAUGUGAGUGAUGUUUCGAGGUUCGUUUGGAACUUCUUGGCCGUUAAGACAUCAAUCUCUUCAAGAAAUACUAGCUCUGCCUGCACUAAGGAUUGCAACGGUGUUGGUGAAUUGUGCGUACGAGAAGAAGCUGAUGGGAAAGGCAUCUGCGUUAUAUCAACGACCAGGUAUGUCCCAGCAUAUUCGACACGGUUGAAGUAUGAGUCUGGAAGCUGGACUGUGCUACCCUACAAUUCUUCAGAUGAGUUGAGCGCUGCUGACCCUGUCUGGACAGAGAGUAAUUGGGACACAAUUAGCCUCAGGGUGUAUAAGGUCCAGAAUGCUGCUUAUGAUGGCCUAAUUCUGCUGUCGGGUAUAGUUGUUACAGUUUCGACUUACCUUUUAAUACUGAUGACCAGAACUUUCAUUCGGAAGGCCCUGAAGCGGGAUUGA